CCGUUUCGUAGUCAACUUCAUUAUCUUCGAUAACAAUAAGACUUGUUUUUUAUCUUUUUUAUUUAUUAAAUUAUUAAGAAGAAUAAAACGUGAUUUGUUAAAAAAAACUAAAAAUGUUAAUUUACAAUUAAAUCCCACCACUGGGUGAAUAGCGUUUACUGUUUCAAUCAACUUUUGUAAAUAUUUCACAAAGACGAAAAUUAAUAAUUCAGAAAAAAUGGCAUUUCGUAUAUUACGAUUUUGUGGUCAAAUAAAUCAAUCUAUAAAUAAUAUUCGUAGUCUAGAGAUUCGAAAAAUGUGUACUGGACUAAAAUCAGUACAAUUAUUAUGCCCGCAAAUACCAAUAAAGUAUAAUCAACGAAAAUCAUCAUUUUUCCAAAGCAAGUCUGGUGAGGAAUUAUGGAAAUCGGUGACAAGUGUAAGUAAUGCGGGUAGAAGAAGAGGUCGAGGUAAAAGGGGCUCUCUGUCGAAAUUGAGAAAAAAUUUAAAUUUGGGCCAAAGAAUUGGUUUUGGUAAAAAGCGAAUGUUAUGGCCGGGUUUAACUGGUCCAGUGGUGCAGGGAAAAUCUCUCGUUUCACAACAACGAUUGCCCGAUCUUGAGGAUUUCGAAAAGAAAAUUAUUGAAAUACGAGACGCUGGAAAUAAAUUCAAAAGAACUAAGGUUCAUCCCCUCGAUCGUGGUUGGACUAGUGCGAAAAUGGGCGGAAGGAAAAUUGGUCCACCAGACGCCGAUAAUGAUGAAUCAUUCGAGGGAUUCGAGACAAUUGUCCUGGAGAGUAAAAUAACUGGACACAUGACGGGAAAUAUGGGGCGAGUUAGAACAUUCUCGUGUUUCGUGGUGACUGGAAAUGGAAACGGAUUGGUUGGCAUUGCUUUGGGAAAAUCGACUGACAGUCAGGCGGCUAUAAGAAAUGCGAGAAACAGCGCUGGAAAGAAAUUAUUUUACAUUCAUCGAUACAAUGAGCAUACAGUUUUCCACGAUUUCUUUACACAAUUCAGCACUUGUAAAAUAUACGUGAAACAAAAACCGCCCGGCUAUGGUUUAGUUUGUCAUCGUGCAAUUAAAGCCAUUUGUCAAAUGAUUGGCAUUAAGGAUCUUCAUGCAAAAAUUGAGGGCACGACCAACACUCAGUCGCUGACAAAAUCCUUCUUAAUUGGACUAUUGCAGCAGAAAAACCAUCAACAAUUGGCGGAGGAAAAAAAAUUGCAUUUAGUCGAAUUGAAUAGGAAUUUGGGCUAUUUUCCGAAAGUUGUGGCCAGCCCGUCAGUGAUAAGAACCGAGAAGGAAAUUCCAUCCACUGAACCAAUGGAUUUCACACAAUUUGUAAUGGGAGGAAGAUUGAAAUUGGAAAGAAAGAAAUAUCCACCUUUCUAUAUGAACGAGCCCGGUUGGUAUUUUCAUUUAAUGAAACAGGAAAAAUUACGUAACAUGGAUGACGUGAGAAUACAAUUGAGAGCCGAAUACGGUGAAAUUAAAACUUUUAUGACCGAUAAAUAUCCCGAAGCAAGACCACAAAAUUGGUGUAAAAAGAAGGAGGAGGAACCAGUUGAAGAAGAAGAAGAUUAAGGAAGCGAAACUUGCAACGAUUUUUUUUUUGUUUCUUGUUUCCAAAUGUUAUUAUAAAUAUAUGAAUUAAAAAAGUUUAGUUAAAUUCUAAA